AUAAUUGUGAGGCUGUCCUGUUACUGGCUUUCAAGGGUCAUAAAAGACAGGAGGUUAUCCAUAAACCUGGACAGACAGAAAGUCGAUCAUUGCCGAGUGCUGGUGAGUGGAGAGGUUCGUAGAAGAAGUGAUAUUUUUCUUCUGGAUAAACUGUGAUCAUGUCAUACUGUGGUGACAGCAUUAAGAAACUGCUCCCUAAGACAUAUCUCCGCAAAAAUGUGGCCCAUGACAUAAGUGUUGCACUAACUCACUUCAAAAACCUUGCGCCCAUGAUGGAUAAAUAUGUUUACAAUGAUGGAACUGCAAAGGACCUGAUGAGUCUAACUGGAACCAUUCCUGUCAUGUAUAGAGACAAGACCUACAACAUCCCGCUGUGCCUGUGGAUUGAGGAAAGCUACCCCCAGACCCCUCCUAUCUGCUAUGUCAGACCGACCAGUGAGAUGAUGAUCCUCAGAGGGAAGUUUGUGUCCAGCAAUGGUGAAGUGGUGCUUCCUUACAUGGAGGAGUGGAAGAGUGGGGAAUGUAACCUAGUGAGCCUACUGCAGGUGAUGAUUACCGUGUUUGAGGACUUUCCUCCUGUAUGUAUGAAGUCUCACCCAGAGCCCGAGCAAACCUCCUGUUGGCUGCAGUUCCACAGACAAUCAGAGGUGCUUUCAAACACAGAUGGAAGUUUGUAUAUGUGUUUGGACAGAGAAGAUGGCCAACCUUUCCAGCAAGAAAAUGAAACCAACUGUUAGUCUUUUUGUGGAAUUUGUCAAUCAUUUUAUUUGCGUGAAGCCUGUUUAUGCACAGUGUCAGAUGGUAUCCAUUGAUUGUUUUAUGUUUCACUGAUUAAUAAUGUCAGUCGUAAAAACAACACUCUGUAUGUCUAUUGUUUAGUUAUUUAGAUUGUAAAUGUCAAGCAGUGCUGAUGAAAAUACAUCAGUUGUGUUUGCCGUGAAUGUACUGCAUUAAUUUUUUUAAUGAUUUUGUUUCAGGUUAAACAACCAACAGUCAAAUUGCUUUACAAGUGACCCAUAAAAUUGUACCUGUGCUGCCGCUCGGUGAAAAGGCAUUUGUGGGGUUGUUAUCUACAAAUGUUUUGGACCUUUGGCCAGUAAAGAGAAAGUUAGUCAUUUGCAGACCACAAACAGAGCCUGGUGCAGUCCAACAAAACAUAGUUUAAUAUACAUAGAGGUGUGUACCUGAUUCUGACCAGUGUUCAGUUAAAAACUGCUAAGUUGUUCACAAAGUUGUUCACGAGCCAAAUUGUUUUUCUUGCUUAUGCAAUUAACAACACAAUCACUUAUUGUGUUUAAAAUUAUUGUGACAUAUUUGGUGAAAAACAAACACACAAGCUAAAUUCUAGGUUAAACACAACUUUUCACAUACAGUCAAAAGUCCAAGCUAUCUUCCGAAACAGGACUGUUUAUUUGCAUCGUGAUAUAAUCUCUUGUGCAAAGUGACUGAUUCAAUCUGGUGAAAUAAAUUAAGUGGCUUAAGUUUGUAUUUAUUAAUGUUUGCCAAUCAAAUCUUUUUUUUUUUAUAAUAAUUACUAAGUAAACUUGAUUUUUUUCCCCCUAAUAUGUGAUGUGUAAAGAAAACUCAUCUAAAAGGGUUUAGACAUUGACUACAAAUGGUUUCAUAGUGUAUCUGUCUUCCUGAAUUCUGAGAUAUGUGAUUGGGGAGAGUUUUUUUAGUGUUCCAUAAAUUGUUUUUUUGUCUAUUCAUCACAAUUUUAGAAGGUCUUUACUUUUUUCUUAUGUUUUCUGCCUUCAUGCAAGUUCAGACCAAAGGGUGAACUUGGGUAAUCUUUGAUAUUUUUUGCAAUUUUGGAUAUCUAUGUAACACACAGGACCAACACAAUAGACUGAAAUUCAGAAAGGCCACAUUGAUUAGUGCUCUUUGCUCCAAAAGACAUGUUCUGCCUGAUUUUGAUCUGAGACAGACUUUGAAAUCUGGGACACUUGUAUUAAAGUUUAAAAAAAAAAAAAAAAGCCUUAAUCACCUGACUUUGUGGAUGCCAAACUUAAUAUCACCAAUUUUUAGAAAUCAGUAUGGGAAAAAAAGACAGGACAAAGAACUCAAGAACAUGUUAUUCAUAGAAAUUUCAUGAAUUCAUAUCCACAUAUAAAGAGUCAUAUUUAUUUAUAAGAAAAUAGGAAAAGUACUAUCUAUAGAAAAAAUGGUGGUGUUAUGGUGUUAAUUCAUUUAAACUCAUUUAAAGAUUUUCUCUCUCCCUUUCUGUUGCCCUCUCUUCCUGAUGCUGUGGUGUCACUGUAUUCUGUUCAAUCUUCAGUGAGAUAAUCACAGGUGAUGAAUAUUUUCAUACUUAAGUAGAAGAAUGACACACAUUUGUACAUGUUG